AUGGGUCUCGGAAAAGUCUUCACAAAAUUCGUACGAAAAGUAAAAAAAGCUGUUAAUCCGAAAUUAAUAAAAAGUGCUGAGGUAUCGACUUUUUCCGAUGAAACCAAUAUGAAAAUGGACAUUACUCGAGAAGUAACAGGUGAUAAUGAAUCUGAAAUAUUCAAUGAGACUAACAGGAUUGAUGAAUGGUGGUCAAUCGAGGAAGCAAGGAUUAUGACGGAAUUACGACGUAUUGGAGAAAAUCUUUGA